AUGUCUUUACCUUCAUUUUCAGAUACUGAAGAAUCCAUUACCACAACAUCAGCUAUAUCAACUGCAUCAACUAAAAAACUGAUUGAAAAAGUAACUCGAUGUUUAUGUGGUGCUAAGUACCCAACUCUUAAUCUUGUUUAUCUAUAUAUGAAAAUACUUAAGAAGAGAUUUGCACCAGAAACAGAUGAGACAGUAGAUACCUAUUUGAACCUUAUUUAUGGAGAAGCAGAAAAUGAUGAUAAUAAGAGUGAUAAAACAAGUGAUGAUAAUAUCCCAGCUGCUAAUUUGAAAGAUAUAGACAAAGUAGAGUAUCUACUACUAGUUUCUACUGCCAGCUUGCUUAAUAGAGUUCAGGCUGCUAUUUAUUUGUUAAUGGAUGAGUUAUGGUCAAUUCCAUCAGAUAAUACUUUAGUUGUCACAUUUCUUAAUCCAAGUUUUAAACAUUUUAAGUGGGCAACAAAUAACAUUGAAAAAGGCUUGGUAAAUAGAAGUUAUAGCAAUAAUGAUGAUUUUUUUCAAGAUUUAGAAGCAGAUUCUGCACAAACAAACAUGGAAAAAGAUAAUAAAAUAACAUCACACAAGUAUCUUUCUAUCCUGGCUACUUCUGUACUGAGCAAGAGAUUAUUUUCUGACACCAGUAACCACAUUUCGGCAAAACAAACACAUUUAUCUUUUGACUUAGUAAAUAAGGUUUUAGAUGCCAAUUAA